AUGGCAUUGACUCAGAAGUCCCGUGGCCGUGGCAUUCGCGGAGCUUUGUUGGUUGCCAUGUGCUUGUGCAGCCUUUGGAGCUUGACUUCCCGCACCUUCACCCAGACGGAGGAGAUCACUGAGGACGCCUCGGGUCUUGUGAAGCUGGUGUGCGGACACCCGCUAAUCUUCACCUUCCUUUCCAUGGCUUUGUGCGGUGCCCUGUGCUACACAGAGAACUCCACCACUGCCAAGCUGGACUUUGACAAGCGUGACUAUUUCACUUUUCAGCUGAUCCAGAACAUCUUGUGCUUCGCUUCCGGCCUCAUCAACGCCUUGUGCAUCUUUGACAUGGGCAUGACAGUCAGCCACCAGAGUGGCAACACCAGUCACACUGGCCGUUUGAUCAUGAACGGCGGGGCCGCUUUUGGACACCUGUUGCUCGCGUUCUGCUUCGGCUCCUUCUUUGCGGGCUACAGCAAGGCGGAUACUGAGCUGAUCUACUCAGGACGCUACUCUCCCAACCUCUUGGCGGCGGCCCUGGCGGUGGUGGCCGGAUGCAUGGUGCACUACUGCAAGGAGCAUGGCGGCGAUGGCAACAACAACACUUCUGAGUGCUUGCUGCUCUUUGCGUUUUCUCAAGGUAUCCAGAACGGCAUUACCCGAAGAUGCCAGACCCUGCCCAUUUGCACCACCCAUUUCACGGGCUACUUGACGGACGUUGGCACCCUGCUCGGUUGGUGCGCCCGUGAUGGUGUGGCAGGUGAGAAGUUCUUGAAGGCCAUGCUCUUUGCGGCGGGCAUCUUUUUCUUCGGCCUCGGCGGCGUGGCUGCCAAGGAGUUGCACGAAUCGCUCAGCGUGCAGGCAGCCCUCAUCGCAGCUGCCCUGAUGGCCGCAGUCGCGGGUGGCCUGGUCCCUGUGACCAAGAGCAAGACUGGCUGA